UUUUUUAUUCUAUUCUAAUUGUUUUACUUUUUGUUGUUGUUGUUAUUACUUCUUCUUCUUUAGUUAAUUAUUUCUUGAUUAACCCUGGUGUUCCCAUUUAUUUCUCCCACGUUAAUUGUGUUCUCUAAUUUUCCUUAACCCCUCUGACUCUCUUUAACUCUUUGUCAUUCUAAUCCAACAAGUUAAUCUAAUUUUCUUUGGUUUACAUUUACUGUUUCUUCCCAUGAAAACAUCAAUACAUAUUCUUACUAUUGCUAAAUUGUGAAACUAUGAUUGAUUGUACUUGUUACACUUUAAACCUCUGAAGGUGUUAACAGAAAAUUCUGAUAUAAUCAAAUUAUAGACAAUUAAUCGUAACUUAUCCAAUUUUCUUAUUCUUUUUUAAAACAAUCGUUUAUAUAGUAAAGGAUUUUCUCCAGUACAAGUAGACUAAGUUCUUCUCUUUUUUGUUCUUUUUCUCUUUCAAAUAUUCUUCUAAUUUGCAAAUUAUUCUCUUUUCCAUUUUCUCAAUCGUCAUCGUCAUUCCACCUCUAAAAAUGGUUUCUAAAAAUAAUUUACUCUUAUGUGUAAUUCUGAUCACAAUUACGUUCGUCAAUGUAACUGAAUCAUUCUGCUUCGGAUUAAUCUGCUCCUGUGUUCCAUGGGUGUCUAAAUCCUGUUGUGGUACUUUUAGGAAAUGUUGUCUUCAAUAUCAAGCCUGGUUAAGCCCUUUGAUUGGAACUGAAGAUGUUUUCUCUGAAUAUAUAGAUGCCAUGGCUGGUGAAGCAAUGAAUGAAGCAGGUAUUGUUGAAGGAUAUCCUGAUGUUCCUGGUGGUCAUAUGGUAACAAUUAAUGAUCCAUCUCAAAUUGCUGGUAUUCCAAUGAUGCCUGGUCCACCUCCCCUUCCACCACAUCCUAGCCCAGUGAUAGCCGAUGCUGCCUAAACAUAUCAUCUUAAUCAUCAACAAUUAGUCGUUGACAAUCAACCAGAAUUAAAACCAACCAUCAAUAAUCAUUAAGUAACUGUUUCUAAAUUCAACACAACCAACGAAAUUAAUUGCAAUCAAUAAUAAUGGACCAAUCAACGAAAAAGAAAGGAAAAGUUACCCAUUCAAUCAAAUUAAUCGUAUAUUAUAUGAUUUAAUUUUUAUUAAUCUUUUAUUUUCAUUAUAUUUUCAGAUCUCUGAGAUUAGGAUGAAACAGAUAAUGUGUAUAAAAAAUGACCAACGUUUGCAAUAUAAGAUUGAUUAUAUUAUUAUAGAGAAAAUUAUUCAAUACUUUUGAAUAACUUUUUCCAUCAUCCAGUUAAUUUAUAUAUAAAUCAACUUAAUAUAUUAUAA